AUGUCCGACGUCAAGGAAUUCACCCUCGCCGAAGUCACCGGCCACAACACCAAGAAGGACCUGUACAUGGUCAUUCACGACAAGGUCUACGACUGCUCCUCCUUCGUUGACGAGCACCCCGGAGGCGAAGAAGUCCUCCUCGACGUCGCCGGCCAAGACGGCACCGAAGCCUUCGAGGACGUCGGCCACAGCGACGAAGCCCGCGAGAUCCUGGACGGUCUCUUCGUGGGGAACGUGAAGCGCAUGCCCGGUGACCCCGCCCCCCGCUCGCACGCCAACCCCUCCGCCGCCUCGGGCUCUUCCUCCGGCGACGCCGCCGGUCUGGGCGUCGGCCUCUACGCCUUCCUCGUCGUCGGCGGUCUGAUCGCCUAUGGUGCCUACCAAUAUCUGCAGAAGGCUUCGCUUGCGUCUGAGCAGUAG